AUGUCGUUGGUGAAAGCUAAAUAUCUCCAAGUAUCAAUAGUCAUCUUUAUUGCGUUACUGAUAUUCUUCAAUAUUCGACUGUACACAUUUUCAUCAGAAUCGUCACAGUCAUCAUCAUCAUAUUCAUCUUCUAUCGAUCACUUCCCAUCAACAAUCACAAAUCAGCCACAUCUGUCGGAUAACAGUCUCACCCAAGAAGAAAUCAUCAAUAAAUACUCGUCUAUCCAAUACCAAUCUCUUCUGACUUCAAAGGUAAAUGGUUGUUUUGUGACUUUAGCAAGAAACUCCGAUCUUUGGGGCUUGGUGGAUUCUAUUCGUUCAGUUCAGGACCGUUUCAACAACAAAUUCAACUACGAUUGGAUUUUUUUCAAUGACGAAGAAUUCACUGAUGAAUUCAAAGAAGUCACAUCGUCAUUAAUAAGUGGCAAAACAAAAUAUGGGAAAAUCCCCAAAGAACAUUGGCUGUUUCCGGAAAACUUGGAUUUGAAUAAAGCUGCCAAGGCAAGGGAAGAUCUCUCGAACUUAGGAGUAAUUUAUGCCGAGUCGGUAUCUUAUCGUCAUAUGUGUCGUUUUGAGUCGGGAUUUUUUUACAAACACCCUAUGCUUGCUGAUUAUGAUUGGUACUGGAGAGUUGAACCGGAUAUCCAAUUCUUUUGUGAUAUCAAUUAUGAUUUAUUCCGUUACAUGGCAGAUAAUAAUAAGGUCUAUGGAUUUGCCAUAUCAAUUCAUGAAUUUGAAGCCACCAUCUCCUCGCUUUGGGGGGAAACUAAAAAAUUCUUGAGUGACAAUCCUCAAUAUAUUGCUAAAGAUAACUUGCUUGAUUUUAUCUCGGAUGAUGGAGGGGCAACUUACAAUUUGUGUCAUUUCUGGUCAAAUUUUGAAAUUGUGAACUUGAGUUUCUUUAGGAGCGAAGCCUACGAGGCCUAUUUCCAGCACUUGGACGCGACAAAUAAUUUCUUCUAUGAACGUUGGGGUGAUGCGCCAAUCCACUCUAUUGCUGCUUCUUUAUUCCUCAAAAAGGACGAAAUCCACAUGUUCAACGAUGUGGGAUAUUCUCACUCAGUUUAUCAAAACUGUCCAAUUGAUAAUGACUUUAGACUUUCGCAUAGCUGUGCUUGCAAUCCUGAUAAUGAUUUCACCUUUAAAGGUUACAGUUGCUCAGGAAAGUACUUUGAUGUUCAGGGUUUGAAGAAGCCAAAUAAUUGGGAAAAAUAUAGUGAUUGA